CAGAGGGGUAGGCUUGCGUGCGGAGGAGCUCACACUCUAAUUGGCGUCUGCCUUAGGACUUCACGCGCCAGUGUGUUUUUGUCCUACCAGACAGAUGAUUCUGAGGACGAGUGUCCAGAGCCCAGGUGGAAGAGCCAGAAGGACAUGGUGAGGAAACUGCAGACUAAGUUCCCCGUCUGGUCAAGGAGGUGAGGCUUCCAUCGUCUGUAGAAUCCCACUCUACAGGCCCUGUGUUCUCUGUCACUGCAGUUCCACAACACAUUCAUCAAUGCCCUAAAUGUUGGCAAAUGUGAACAAAAAUAUUUUAAAUGUUGGAGCUGCAUAUUAAUAAUUCCUUUGACAAAAAGGUAUGGUUUUUGUUUACAACUGUAUCUAUUUGUCUUAUCCUGCAUGCACACAGGAGCUUAGAGGACCACUUCUGGAGCAUGGUUGGCACUUUGAGGAAACCCUAGAAGCACUGCACAUGUUUUCAGAGGAGGGUGAGAGUUGUGUGUGUCUGUUACGUGUGCCUGUUUAUACAAAAUAAAAACAUGUACAUUAUUUUAGGUAGCUAGUUAAGUCCCUUGCUGUCUUGUAGCCCUAUAGUUUCCUGUGUUAAAAUAAUAGCAUCAAUUUUAUUUAUUUGAGAAAAAUAAAUAGGUAGCCAAACGUCCCUCCCAGGUCCUGUAGACUGAUUCUGUUUCCUCCCUUAGGGGAGAGGUCCAGUCAAGAGGACACCCAGGCAUCAUCAUCAGCUAGUUCUUCCCCAUAAACCUCAGCAUGCCAGGCAGCCCCAGCAGCCAAACCCCCUGGUCAGUCCCCAUCACUACCUUACAAGCCUACCAAUGGGACCAUAAUUAAGACCGUCAAUAGGCUGACCGAAGGAGCAGACAAAAGGAGGAGGGUGAUUCCAGAGCCAGGCACCAGCUCUGAGGACGAGGCUAGUGAUGACUUUGAUGAGUCUGCUGAGGGCAUGGAGCUGAACUUGGAGGAGGCUCAGAUCUGGAGGUUGGAACAGGGUAUGUGAAGGGCCAGAUCCUCAGGUUCUUUCAGGAGGCAUCGCCAGACGAGCUGUCUCUCAUCUCUGGCUGCUCUGUGAAGAAGGCCCAGAGGAUUGUCGCGCUGCGCCCAUUUAACAAAUGGGAGGAUCUGGUGAGUGGCACAACAAACCUGUGUGAACACACACACACACACACACACACACACAGUUUUCUUUUCCUCAUGAUUCAUUACUGAAUUCCCUAUGUUACUAUGACCUCUCCAAGUUCCAGUUGAAGCCUUACCAGCUAAUUGGUCUAAAGUGUGUGUGUACCCCCAGGUGACUGUUCUCGACGGAGGGAAUGGCCUCUCCACUGACCUGGUGCAGGGCUGUUGUGUGGUCCUGUGGAAACAGGACGUGGUGCGCAGCCUCUUGACCAAGUGUGAGAACAUCACCAACAAGAUGAGGCAGGACGUGACCCAAGUAGUGGAGAGGGAUAAGGGGUCCCAGAAACAGCCUGAGAUCCUCAUCAGCAAGUGGGUUUAGCUGCUGUUUUUAUACUAACCUCACUGAUAUACGUAUUCAGAUAGUUGUGAUUUUCGUAGACAAACACAAUCUCAUACAUGUACAUAGGCAGUCUUGAACGCACACACACAUCCUUGUGUUACUUUGACCUCUCCAGGUUCCAGUUGGAGCUUUAUCAGCUAAUUGGUCAAAAUUGUCUGACUCUGCUACACCAGAACAACCUGAGUGGAAUCCUUGCUGAUGAAAUGGUGAGUUGUUAUUCCUGACCAGUCUCCAACAGCUUAUCUCAGCUCCUCUGAGACUCAGCACACAUGGCAUGACAACAGAUGCAAUCCUGUGUUAAUGUGAUUGGGAAGUGGGGCUCUCUUUUUGUUGUGCCAAUUCAGUCUCUGUAAAUCAGUGUUUAUAAUGAACCACCUCCUGUCUUCUGUUGGCAGGGUUUGGGGGAAGACCAUCUAGGCCAUUUCUUUCCUGUUUCCUUGUUUCAGCAAGGAACAACAAAGUUUCAUCACAUUCUAAAGAGUCCAUGUUACCGUGGAAACAGACUCAACUGCACGAAUGCCCGGCUGUCCUGUCUUCAGUCAGCUGUUCGUUCCACAAAAAAAACAACGUUAUGGCGGUUAUUUUAUUUUUGAUGAUGGUCUUCAUCCACAAUCGUCGGUUAUACGGUAAUUGUGCCUGUCCUAGUUUUUUAACAGACUCUGGUGUACUAUAGUGAGUGACUCUUCUGUUCAUUCUGAAUGGCGUGACACAUCAUACUGUAGCCAUCAUGGUUAAGGCUUCACAUUUAUUUGAUUAUACAGAUUUCAACCUGUUGGUUUAAGUCACCAGAAGUGAAAGGAUUACCAAAUAUAGAUUCUAAUAUAUUGUCCUAUUUAUAUCACAUUUGUGUGUGUGUGUUUAGGGUCUGUGGAGGAUCGCAGGUUCCUUCAAUAUGAUAUUCUCAACAAACGGGUCGACUACAACAUAAUAAUUUCCACGUAAGUCUCAAAUCUAAGAAUUACGGUUAUGCAAGAAUGACAAUAGAGAGAAGUACACUUGAGUCUAGUAGUAUACAGGUUCACAUCCUACUGUGUUAGCUAACUGCUGUGUGUCUUCUGAGCGAGACACUUAGCCUCUGGAAAUAUCCAGUGGAAUUAGUGGAGAUCUUGUAAAACUAUCCGCCGUGUAAGUCACCCCAGCCAGGCUUCUGCUAACACUCCAAUAAUGAUAAUAUAUUCAGUGUUUGACUGAACCUGAAAAGGUCUUUGUAAGCUGAACCUGUGACUCAUUCAUUAUUCAUGGUAAUCAAGUGGUUGCCAUGCCUCACAGACUACUUGUGGGAACCUUGUGUGGCUCCUUGAGCUGCUGUGUGUCUGCCAGCUACGCUCUGACCAUCGGCAAUGACAACGACCGCAGCCUGUUCCGAAAGCUCAAGCUGGAGUAUGCCGAGCAUGAGCUGAAGAACAUGAGCUCGCUGCGC